CCCUUCUUUCCCUUCCAGCUUUACAUAUGUAAUAGUUUUACAGAGAGAUUUGUUCAGAAUUUGUUGGUGCUAAAGGAAAAACAAAAUGACAACAAUCUCUUCCUGUACUUUCAUGGGCGUUGCGCUCAUCUUUGCUCUUGUUUUUGCUAUUAUGGCUCCCAGUGUUCCGGCUCGGUCUGCAUCUCCAGCACCUUCUCCCACUAGUGAUGGAACUUCAAUUGACCAAGGGAUUGCUUACGUGCUGAUGCUGUUGGCACUUGUGCUCACAUACCUCAUCCACCCAUUAGAUGCAACUUUCUUUUAGAUCAUUCUUUACAGCAAUUGAGAGAUUUGGUUUAGGUCAGGGUUGUAAAACAAAUUGCCAUGUUAAUAAAUGUAUUAAGUUGUUUCCUUUUUAGCUGCCAUGAAUCUUUGUCUUCCACUCAUCAUCUUUGUGUCUGCAAUGUGAAGCGUAGUGCUUUGGGAACUUGGAACAAAAACAAUCCCACAAAUUCAGCACGACACGAGGAUCAAGUUCAGUAAACAGUUCCUUUAUCCCUCCAUCCAUCAUUGUUUGAAAUCACAGAUUAGAAGAAUGAACUAAAGUGAAUAUUCUUCCAUUAAGAGACAUUCUUUGUAUUGAACUUUUGUUAUUCACACUACAAGAUCUGCUAUUAGGCACUUCACAACGACUUCAACAAAGCAAGAUCUUCGAUCACUUGCUCGCCCUCUGCCAGUCUUAUACUGCUUAUUGUUCUGAAUAUAUUCUUUAACAACUAGUUGGAUAUCUAUUGCUGAUUUGCUAGAAAGUGGAGAACUCUAUAUGCGGUGCGGGAGGAUCUUCCGGAAGGCUUGAAAGGAACUAGUCCGGAGGACACUUGACCGAAAGAUAUGUUUAGUUGUAUGUUAACUCGGAGGUAUAAAA